GGUGGCGGAGCGGUAAAAUCACAAGGCUCUGCCACCCAUCUAUGGGCAUAGCUGCGAGCAGCGUCCUGUAACACACUAGCCUGAGCCACAACACAAAGAAGUUUCACGACGUGUUUGAGCCGCAUAGUUGGUUAUCGAUUGUAAGAGCGUGGCAGGGCGACCUUUCCUUCGAGGAGUUUCUUUUAGAGGUCACCGAUUUUAGCGCGAGAAGCUCCUCUCAAAGUUGAAGCAACUCAGUGGCCUCUCGAUACGCUCGCGCGUCCGAAGCGAUGAGAAAGGUCAUCCUCCAACUCGACUAUUACCUAGGCGGCCAGUUCGCGGGCCUCGCGACGGGCCUCGCGCGGGGCAUGUUCGCGUCGCGCGGCCUCGACGUGUCGCUGGUCGCGCCGUGCACCCCAGGCAACGAGGGCGCCGCCGUCGUCGCGCAUCAGCGCCAGAUGAGCCAGAUGAAGGACGCGACCGUCGUCGUCGGCGUCUGCGAGCAGAACUCGCUCGCCGCCGACGCGCCCCUCGUGGCCUUUGGCGCCAUGUUCGACCGCUCGCCGCUCGCGGUCGCGCGGCGCCGCGGCCAGCCGCUGCGCCGCGUCGCGGCGCAUGUCGACUCUUUGAAGCUCAUGGAGGCGGCGCUCGACGGCUACGCGGGAGGGGUACGCGGCGUAGCCGUCCAAGAGGUGUCCCGCGUCGACGAGGCCCACCGCAAAGCGUUGCUCGUCGGCGGCGAGGUCGACGGCAUCCAGUGCUACCACACGACGGAGCCGCUCUCCUGGUUCGACAGCACGUCGGCCAUGGACGUCCUACCGGUCUGCGCGACGGCGCCAGGCGGCAUCGGAUCCCUCGACCUCGGCUACUCGCAGGCGCUCUUUGCUACCAAGGGCGCCGACCCGGCGGUGCUCGGGGCGUUCCUCGACGGGUUGUUCGAGGGCUGGCGUGCGGCUUCGGCGGACCCGAUUCGCGCCGGCGAGGAGAUCGCCGCCCUGCCUGCCGACGACAAUGACACGGCGCUCUUCGGGGCCGCCGGCCGCGACGCGCUCUUCCACGGCGCCGUCGCCGCGCGGUGCGCGCCGGCGGCGCUGCGCCAGGCGGCCGUCGGUGGACGGAUUGACGGCAAUCGCUGGGCGAGCGUCGAUGCCGAGCUCGAGCGUGUGCUCGGUAAGGCUCCGGUCGACGUGAUCGCCGUCGGCGCCGACGAGCCAGAGACAGUCCCCGUGGGCCACAUCGUGGCGCGCGCGUUGCGGGCCGACGCUCGUCUCCGGGCGCGGCGCGUCCAAAAGAUGACGGGCCGCGCGCCGAGCGUGGCCAUCGUCCGCGCGGGCGACCCCGAGGCUGCGGCAGGGGGCGAAGACCGGGCCGCUAUCGCGACGAACGAAACCACGGGCGCCGUCGAAUCCUGGUUCGCCAAGGAGGCGCUGCUGACAGGAGACGGCAUCGACGUCGAAAUUGUGGCGCUGGCCGAAGACGCGUCGGCGGCGACGAUCGCCGCGGCGGCGCGGGCGGCCGAGGCGCGCGCCGACGCGGUGCUCGUCGAGCGCGGCCCCGACGCUGCGCCCGCCGUCGACUCGGAUGUCGACUCGGUGCGGGACCCAUUGAUGGUCGAGGCGACGUUGCGGACGCUCGCUGCCGCCGAGCUCACGACGGGCGCCUCCUACGACGACGCCUCUUACUUGGACGACGUCGCGAACCUAAAUUUCGCGGGCAAGGCGGUCACGGUGCUGGGCCGGUCGCCGCACCUCGGGGCGCCCCUCGCGCGAACGCUCGCCGACCUCGACGCGACGGUCACCGUUUGUCACUCGUCUACGCCGGAAGACUUGAGACACAGAACGCUGGCCGAGGCCGACUACGUCUUCGCCGCCGCGGGCUGCCCAGGCCUCGUUCAGCCGGGCGACGUCGGCGCUGACACGGUCGUUGUGAACGUGGGCACGACCUACGACGCUGCCACGGGCUCUCUGUUAGCAGAUGUCGACCCCAACGUCUCCGCAAAAAUCGUGACGCCGACGCCGCACGGCUGCGGCCCGGUGUGCGCCGCGACGCUCGUUCGCCGCGUCGUAGGGGCGGCCGAGCGCCGCGUGACCGCCCUCGGCCACCUUCCAGACACGUGGCGGUUCACCGGAAACGCGCUUCGCCGCGACGUGACCCUCGCGUCGUUUAGCAAAGCUUCGGAGCUCAUCCAGUCUGUCGCCAGGCUCUGCGACGCGCUCGACCACCAUCCGACGAUAACGAUCAACGAGGCGAAGGUUUGCGAGCGCGUCGGCGGCUGCGGCGUCGCCAUCGAGUUCACCACGUUCUCGGCCGGCGGCACGGUGACGGCUCGCGACUACGGCGCGGCCGCCGAGGUCGAAGACCUCAUCGCCGAGGCCACGUCCUGAUUGUGCUGCCCCCCGAUCGAGCCUCGCUUAACUUUAUGAUAC